UGCUGGCGCUCCCGGCCCGGGUCGUCCCGGUUCGCCAGCUCCCCGUGCUCUGUUCGGUUCUGCGCUUGGGCGCGGGUUAUGGCGGCGGAGACGCGCGUGUUCCUGGAGGUGCGGAGACGGCUGCAGAGCGCGCUGCUGAUCGUGGGGGAGCCGAGCAGAGGAAGCAUGUCUGUGGAUGUUUCUGUGAUGCCCACCUUGCUCCGGGUGGAGAACCCUGCGGGCUGCGUGGAGAUCCAGCUUCCAGCAGAGAUGAGGCUGGUGCCCUCCUCCUGUGGAGGGCUGUGCCAUGUGGCCGGGGAUGGCUUGCACCUGCGCCUGCGGGCGCACACGGAGUCCCAAGUGAGCCCAAAACUGAUUUCAAUGUUUAAUCAAAGCUCGAAAGCCCAAGAAUGUUGCACUUUUUAUUGCCAGUCCUGUGGUGAAGUCAUAAUAAGGGACAGGAAGUUGCUCAGGGUGCUUCCACUGCCAGGUGAGAACUGGGGAGCUCUGGUUGAAGAAUGGUGUUGUCAUCUUGACCCCUUUGCUAACAAGCCACUCCAUCCACUAGAGAAUGACUGCUUCAUUGGAGACUCUUUCUUCUUGGUGAAUCUAAGAAGUGAUUUGAAGCAGGAACCAAAAGCAAAUACCAAAGUAAUUUGUAAGCGUUGCAAGGUAAUGUUGGGAGAAACCAUGUCAUCAGAAACCACUAAAUUUUAUAUGACAGAGAUAAUUAUUCAGGCGUCCGAUAGAAGUUUUCCCUUCAUACCAAGGUCUCAGUUUGUCCAGAGUGUUACUGCCCAGUGCCUGGUGGAACUCUCCUCUACUAGAAGCACUUUUAGAUUCACUAUUCAAGGGCAGGACGGCAAAGUGUACAUCUUGCUCUGGCUUUUAAACUCAGAUAGUUUGGUGAUUGAAUCUUUGAGGAGUUCUGAGUGUAUCAGAAAGUUCCCUUUAUUGGAAGAUACUUUGAAAGUGGACUCCAGUUCUGCCUUGAAUGCCGUCAAGGUCCUCUACCAGCCAUGCAUCAAAAGUAGGAAUGAAAAGCUUGUCAGCUCAUGGGAAAGUGACCUCAGUGUCCAUUCUUUAACCCUGCCCUCUGCAACCUGCUUAGAGCUGCUGUUGAUAUUAUCACGGAGCAAUGCUGCCCUGCCUCUGUCCCUUCGCCAAAUGAAUUCCUUUCAGGUGGCCUUUCUGAAGAUGUGACUGUGGAAGCUAAGGCAUUCUCAUCCACCAGCAGUCAGCUCUUCAUCACAGACCACUCCAAAGACCGGAAGUCUGCUCUGUGGACAUUGGUUACAAAGACGAGAACCAGAGCUACAGAAAGGGAGCACGUCUCUGACGAUUUGAUUUUCCUUGUUUGGAUAUAUUCUCUAAGAGAAGAUCUAAAAAUCCAGGGCUAUGAAGAAAGUCAUAGUGGCAGUUGUCAGCAGGUUAAGUACAGAAGUUACACCUCUGCCUCCCACAGAGGAAUAUUCAAAUGUGUGCUGUAUCAGCACCACCUGGGAAGACACUAGCUAAUGGAGACCCAUCUGUCCUGUGGAGUACAGUGAGGAACUUCACUGGAACUGAGUGUGAACUACUGUAAAUCCUAGGAAAUAAACUUUUAAAGAAUAUCUCAGGUUUGUUUAAAGAAAUUUUUUGAAAAUGUAAGAGUUUUUUGUACCUUAUUUAG